AUGUCAUCCAAAUCCCCAAUCGCCGUAAAGCCAACGGCCACAACCGCUACUGUCAACACCCCUGCCGCCACUUCAUCCACCAAAUUCAACCUCCCCACAAUCGGCAGCAACACCGGGGGAGCCAGCGGCAGCCCCCAGUUCAACCUCCCCACCGGCGCCGGCGGCUUUAACUACCCUGCGACCCCCACAGGAACCGACCCCAACUCGCCCAACUACCUCGCCGGUCAGGCUAACGGUGCUGGCAACUCUUCCAACUCAUCGUCAUCGAAUGUUCCUAUUAUCGUUGGUAUCACUGUUGCUGGAGUUGCAGUCUUGGCCAUUGCGGGUUUGUUGGUUCAGCGGUACAAGUCUCGCUCGAGGACCAACACCAUCAACUCGCACCAGACCCGGUCCCGCAACAAUCAAAACCCUGCUGCCGGUGGCAAUGAUGGCGCUCCGGGAAGUGGAUACAUGAGCGGAGAGGAGGAGCGUGGGGAUAGGUCCAAACUCGCCAAAUCGUUCACGAUCCGCAAACCCGCAAGCAUCUACCUUGACGACGACCAAGAUUUGGACCAGACAGGACACCCACGUUACAAGUCUGCAUCCGAUGCCCAGAACCACCCCUAUUACAGCAGCCACCGGACUCCCGGACUGGUCGAGUACGAGCUUUCGGAUACCAGUGGACAAAAAUACGGCCCCAGCAGUGUGGCCGAACGCAAACGUUAUGUUGAACAACAACAACGUAAAGUCAUGGACGAGUAUGAGAUGUUUAACCCCCACAGUGACCUUCCUCCUCAAUCCCCCUACCCGGCUUCGUUGAACUCUGCACCCUCUUAUACCUCUCGCCCUUUGUCGCCCCAUGUUCACCAUGGUGCGACUAGCCCUACGCCCAUGAUGACCCCCUCGAUGGGCGGUCGUAGCCCAAGAGUCAACCACCCCACACACCAGCCUUUUGGACGAAACAUGGACCAGAUGGACAACGACUACAAAUACUAG